AUGAAUAGUGGUGAAUAUAAAAAAUUUGAAGAAUUAGAAUUAGAUUAUUGGUUAUUGAAAUUAUUUUGGAAGAUUGAUUAUAAAGAACCAAGACCUAUUUAAGUUUUAAGUAUCCCUCCUUUAUUAUAAGGAAAGAAUGUAUUGAGUAUCUUAAACAGGUACUGGAAAAACAGCUGCAUUCUCAUUUCCAAUUCUUUAAAAAUUAAGUCAAGAUCCAUAUUGGAUUUUUGCAAUUAUAUUGACUGCAAGUAGAGAACUGGCAGUAUAAAUAGCUGAAUAAAUAUAAAUAUUUGGUGCUAAUGUAAAUUUGAGAUUGGCUUUAUUAAUAGGAGGUCUUUCCUCUUCAAAAUAAGUAAAGCAAUUAGGAUAAAUCCCACAUAAAAUAAUUGGAACACCUGGAAGAUGUACAGAAUUACUAAGCAUUGAUGUUAAUUUCUAGAAAUAUAUUUAAAAUGUUAAAUAUUUCAUAUUGGAUGAAGUAGAUAGAUUAUUAGAACCUCGAUGAUAUUAAAAAAGUAUAUGAAUAAUGCUAAUCUCCUUAAAUGGCAUUAGUAUCAACUACUCUUAAUAAUGUGACUUAUUAGUUAAAAAAUGAAUUUAAUGAUGUUAAUUUUGUUGAUUGCAUCAAUAAUCCAGAAUAAAAGGUAUCAGAGACUAUUUAGUGA